AUGGUCCAAUUCACCGCAUUCCUCCUCCUUGUCUCAGCUAUUUCCAUCGUGGUGUUGGUGCUUUUUGUCCAUUUGAAGCGGAAGGCCGCCCUACCACGACCGCAACAACGUGUGUCGGCAAUACACGAAAACGGGGCAGAGGGACUGCAGCCGAAUGGCAGAAGCAACAAUAACAAUGACAGUAUGAUAGAGGACCACGCGGGCGAGGUGAGUGCGGCAGUUGUGCUACGCCACAGAUCCACUGCAUCACCACCGCCACGUCACCGCCGAAUGCGCGUUCCUCGGGAGGUGAUGCAUGCCCACGACAGCGGCACCGACAGCGACAGCGACAUUAACCCCGUAGCGCUGCGGCAGAAGCCAGUGGAGGCGGAGAUGACGGAGGAGAUGAGGAUACUGCAGGAGUGUGCGGUGGUGGGCAUUGUGCGGCGCGGCGACGACGUGAGGCCGCCGCCG